GAUAUGAUGAAUGAACUUUGGGAUGUAUACAACAUCAACAUCCAACUGCUAAACUCAUAUUAUGACUUCUUGUUGUAUUCAAUGGGCUCAGGCAAAUCUGGUAAACAGAUAGUGCAAGUCUACAGAAUCCCAAGACGACUAUGGGUCUAUGGUGUCGUGACGUUCUUGGAUGUCAUCAAGAAUGUUGUGUCAAUCUUCAUAGAGCAUGACAUAUGCUCAAGCUUCAUUGGGUAUGCAUUCAACAUUCUAAGUGGAUUAACAGAGCUGGAGAUGGAUGGGUGGAUGUAUGAAAAGCUCGGUGAUUUGUCCAGAAUGGCGAUUGCGCUUUAUCCUUCUCGCUACAUCGAUUGGAAGAUAAGUUCAGAAUACUGGUAUACACAGGCGAUGAAGAAUCAAUACGGGUACGGUAAAAUUUACUACCACAUUGCAACUGUCCAACAGGACAGUCUUGAUGCCCUUGUAAACAUCGGUAAGAGUGUGUUUUGCCGUGAUACGUUCGUUCCUACUCCACAGUACAUGAGAAUGGUGAUUGAUAAUAUCAACCAAAGAAGCUAUAUCGAUUUACCGGUUCUAGAUUUCACAAAAGUUUACAAGUUAUUGCUGACUGGUGAAAUUAACGACAUGUUUGAACUGAAUAAACUCAUCACUUACUACACACAGAACUUGGGUGUUGAUAACAACAACGUUGAUUUCUUUAAGAGGGUACCAGGAACAAUCUCUGAGGUGAUCACCUCACCGAAUUACUCACCGGAUAAUGACUUUGAAGGUAAAUUCCAAUUUUGGUUGCAGAGAUCAUCCUCUUUUGCCCUGGCAAACAUCUCUCUUAUGGUUGGUUUCGGCGUUCCAAUGAAUCCAUUUGCUAGACUCUUUGGCUUGCUGGAGGCCUUAAAGGAACGUAAGGAGAAGAAGGAGAAGAAGGAAAAAAGCAAAUCAACCAAUGGUGAUGGCACCAAUGGAGGAGUCUUACCACACAUUGAGGCCACUGAACCUGUUCAGAAUGAUGACAUCAAAGAACUCUCCAUACAAGAAUGGUUCAGCACCCAUGGUGCUCUGGAUAAAGUUGUUGUCAAGCUAACAAUGAAAAUGUUUGACACUUAUCUGAGAGGUCCAAUCAUUGCAGCCAUGCCACACGUUAUAACCUUCUUGUACUUCAUCGUGGCUGUUGGUGAAGCCACCAAGAGUAAACCAAAUAGCAGGUUGUUCUUUGAGACCAUCAUCAACAUGCUCUUGCCUACGAAUUCGUUGAUCAACUACCUGAAUGAUGUAUUGACAUUUGUGAGAAGCAAACCCGAGUACUUAUCUAUCUUGGCUCAGCAUCAAGCAAGGGACCCAGAAUUCCUCAAAGGUGGGUUCUUAAAGUACUACAGUGAUAAUGAAACCCUGAUUGAGGUUUGGAAAUGCUGGGGUACAUUGUGGUUUGAUGUCAUUUCGUUGAAAGAGGAAUAUAACAGUCCUAGAGAAAGUGGUAUUUCCAAGGGUGAUCUAUUAGAUGUUCCAAUUGGCGGUGCUCGUUAUGAUCCAAAGAUGAACCCAGAUAGGUUUAUCCGUAUUGUUCUUUUGGCGACUUAUAUUUCCGAUAAUUUCAACUUUGGUAUCAAAAGAGGCUCCAAUUAUAUCUUCUACAACUCUGUUGACACCAUUAUGGAGAGAGACAGCUUUUCUCCAGAGGAAAAUGCUUAUUUGAAAUCAACAUACAUGGAACUUGCACAGCAGGCUAAAGCCCUGGGAUUGAUUGAAAAUCCAUUCACGGAUAACGCUGGUGUGAAAUCCACUCGUAUGGAUCCAUUGAGUUGGAUUCAAGGCAGUGGAGACAAAAACACUUUACAUAAUUCGUCUAUCAUCGAUUAUACUGAUGAUGCGGACAACGAGAACAGUGAGGACGAGCUUGAGCACUCUGAAUUUGGAGAUGAGGUUGAACUUGAUGCCCUGAACCACGAUACUCUUGGAGACACUUCAUCGCUUAGACCGUCUCCAAGUUUCUACACUGUGGAUUCUGGGGUGCUUAUGAGUAAAUCCACAACUUUUUUCAUUUUGGAUACAAACAUGUGGUUGAAGCACUGUGGGAAGUUAUACAAGUCAUUGCGUAGUGGCAUAUUCAAACUCGCUGUACCACUUGUUGUUUUCCAGGAGCUGAGAUCUUUAAGAUGCUCACCAGAUGCCACUGUUUCCGACUCUGCCACCCGUGCUGUGAUCACUUUAAGACAGUUGGCAACAGAUGGGUUAGUUGUCCCAUUGAAGAUGGAUGGCACUGAAUCUCAUUCCUUGAACGAUGUUUCUGAUUUCGAAAACAACUCCAUGUGGGCUCAUAAAAUUGAUCAAACGAUUAUUCAAUCGGCAAAACUUAUGGCCAACCGUCUACAAUCAAGUGUUGUAGGCAGUACACCUGACGGCAAUUCCAUCUGUCUCACAAUUGUUGUCUCUGAAGAUAGAGGGAUGAGAUUACAAGCGAGAGUGGAGAAGGUUCCUGCAUUCCAAGGGAAAUGGUUCUUCCAAGUUGUUCAAAAGCUAUCUGAAGGUAAAUGUUGUGAU